AUGACAUUUUCAAUUUCUUUUGGUAAAGGGUACACUUUCAAUGAUUGUAUUUAAGGGUAAAAAUAACGGUAAUCACAGCAGACUACAUGUGAUUGGCCACUAUUACAGAUGAUUGAAAUUCAUGCUCCACUUCAUGUAUGUAAACAUAUGGUCUAAUUACUAACUUUCCUCUUGUUUAAGAAACAAUUUAUACAUCCACAUGGAAUAGACUGCAGCUCCUUAUGAUAAUGACUUAUUUCGAAAUUGUAGCUUCUCCUAUUUCUCUUCUUCAAUUUCUUUGAGGAUGCUUGAUCUGCUAAAAACAUGGAUGCUUUUGCUACAUAUAUUCAUAUUCCAUGUUUAUCAACUUUUUUACUUAAAGUUUACAGCAUACUUUAAAUUUGAAAUCUUCAUUUCUUUGGAGGCUAUCUCAAUGCUUUUGUAUUCUUCUAAUUAUCUUCAUCAUAGAUAGGUUUCACUUCCCACCUUGCAGAGUGGAAGUUCAAUAUCAUGGAGGUUCCUUCUUACUAAUUAAUUUCCUUUCUUAUACUGAACCAAAAGGAGGAAAGAAGGAAGUUACCUAUUAUCUUGGUUUGAUUACUAAUUACAUGACAGGAGUGAAAGGCCUUAUACUUCUGCUGUUAAUUUGGCUUUACAAACUUUAUAACCAUGCUUGGUUAAGUGAUGGCCAUUAUCGUCCCUUACAUCUGCCAUGAAUUAUAAACAAUUCCAGGUGAUGUCCUGAUGAGUAAUACUGCUUCUAGUGCUUCCUCUACGAGUCUGAACCUGAAGUUCUAUCGCGGUGGGGUACUGGGGUUAGUACUGGCAUCCAAUUUAAAGUCUGUAUUUAAUUACUAAUCUAGUGUUCUCUAUCUUGCCUUCACUUGUUCUUUGUUUCUUGCCCAGAAUAUGAAGGAUGCUCUCUCCAACUUUGUGGAGAGGGGCAAUAUGUAAGCAGAUAAAUGCAUGUGGCUGGACUAUGGCUAGCAUGCCAGUGUAUAAGAAGACCAUAGUGUGCACCUGGGUAGUUAGGGUUGUUGACUUCCUGUAUCUGCGAAAGCCUACUGCAAAAAGCACCCUAAGCAUUGAACACUUUUGCUGCAGCAUCGUUUUCUCCAAUUUCUAAGAAUUAACUCACCUGUGAUUUAGCUGUUUAUGCACAAUUCUGAUUUAGCCAAAGCAUAAAAUUUUGUAGUUGGUUGACUCUUCAUUUGGAAUAUAACUUAUCUUUAGGUUUUUGGUGACUUGGUUAUGGGGCAUAGACAUUUAUUCGGCACAUCCCAAAUGUUUGAGGGUGAACAUGAGCAGAGCUGGAAUCAUAUGCAUACAGAGCAACCUUAUGUAAAUCUAGUGAGGGCAAGCACUACAGAACAUGGUUCCUUCUUCUGUCCUGUAGAAAAUAUGACUGUUGAAGGGGUGCAUUUUUCGUCUCAUUGGAAUCCUGUGCCUAGAUCAAGUGGUUAUGCUACCUCAAGCCACAAUGUUGAAGCACCACACUAUCAACCUGACACUUCAGGCCCAUCUCAUGAUGUUUUUCUGCAUCCAUCACCACCUGUAGCAUUUAGUGCAGCCCCUGAAAACUACAUGCAUCAUGCAUCUUCUUCCAAUCAUGAUAGGCAGACUUUCCAUGGAAUUGAGGGUGGUUUUGUUGAUCUCACAAUGGGUGGCGUAAGAGGACCUCACAAACGAAAAAGCCCUGGAGUCCCUUCAGUCUGUGAGAGGGGUGGUUCAAGCAGAUAUGUUGGUGCUGGAAGUUCAUCUGAUCUUCCUCUAUCUUCUGACUUUUGGCAAGAAAAACCAAAUAUAGAAACUCAACACAUGCAUUGGGAUCAUGUUGCCAUGCCUUCAAGCUAUAGAGGCAAUGGCCUCUCAAUUAGGGGUGAGGGUUCUAUGAGGAAUGUGAGAAGCCGUCCAGCACUUGAUCUCGAAUCCAACCUAGUUAGGACCCAUUUAUCAAGCAAUCCUUCUCACACUGCCUACUCUACAAGCCACCCAGUUGACCAUUCUAGCUCAGUGGAUCUCUCAGGUCAGAGCUCUAAUGCCUUGUCAAGGGAGUGGGAGUGGGGCCAUUUGAGAAUAUCUCCUAGUCAUGGAAGGAAUCAAGCUUCAGAUUCAAGUGUUUUUAAUCAUGAGACAAACCAGUUUCUGGGUGGUAGCAGUGCUACAACUGCUUCUGCUGAGGUUGGAGGUCUUCAGCAUGAUUUCAUUUCGGGUAGAAAUCCUGUUCUUCCUCAGAGUUUUAAUGGCAACUCAGCACAAUCUGUAAGGGGUGUUCGCACAAACUAUUCUCAGAGAUCUAGCCCUACUUUCAGGGCUUCUUCCAGCAGUGUGCGCUUAGGACAUGUGGCACCUUCAGAAGAGGGGAUGCAGGUUUCUGCUGAAACUUAUUCCUCCAGACAUCCUCGGCCAUUAUCAGCUAUAGCAUGGCGUAAUAAUGAGCGGAAUGGGAGGUCAAGGAUAUCUAAUGACAGAUAUAGAUCUCUAGCUGAUGAUGCAGCUUUCCAUGACCGAUUUUCAUCUGAGGGUUUUAUGAUUGUGGACCGCUCAGCCUUUUAUGGGUCUAGAAACAUGCUUGAUCAGCAUAGAGAUAUGAGGUUAGACAUAGACAACAUGACUUACGAGGAGCUACUUGCACUAGGGGAAAGGAUCGGGAAUGUUAGCACAGGCUUGUCUGAAGACUUGAUAUCUAAGUGUUUGACCGAAUCAAUUUAUUGCUCUUCAGGUCAAUUUCAGGAUGAGAGCUCUUGUGUGAUUUGCCUGGAAGAGUACAAGGACAUGGAUGAAGUUGGGGCAUUAAAUACAUGUGGGCAUGAUUACCAUGUUCCCUGUAUCAAGAAGUGGUUGUCAAUGAAGAAUACAUGUCCAAUCUGCAAAGCUUCAGCUCUGGCAGAUGAUGCCAAGGAGAAAUAAUGGCUUUUAUCCUGGUUUAUCAUUUAUCAUUUAUCAUUCUUGUACAUAUAAUUAGAGUGUUGCUCAAACGAAUCUCACAGACAUCGUUUAGAGAAAAUUUGUAACAAAAGGAAAUGUUGGCAUCCAUCUCAAUUUCGUGGGGCCUUAAAAGUUAAAUUAAUUUCAAUCCAUUUGUUGUUUUUACCCCAA